AGAUCAUCUAGAACUGCAGGUACUACUAGAAGUAGUUCUAUAGUAGUUUUUUCCUUCACUUUUUGAUGAGGUAGACUAGCAGGUAUAAUAAUUUCAACAAGUACAACAUCAACCUUGUAGUUGUAUCAGAAAAAGCUCGGCAGGAUGCCACCAGGAGGUUCAAGACCGCUCAUCUGCGAUAGAGGUCCAGAGCCCCCUGGUUCGACCUCGUCAGCACAGGUGAGCAAUUACAAUGGCCGCGCAGUUGGGAUUUCGAUUCUUCCAGCACGUGCGCCAGGAGGUCCAGAAGGUCCAGGUGCACGUGCGCCAGAAGGUCCAGGACAACCUGGAGCGUCUUCUUUCUCAUCCCAAGGAGCGCUACAAAAACCUUAUCGUCGUGUCAUUCUCAUCACGCUCGCGAUGUUUUCCGGUUACGCCAGCACCGUUGUGAUGCAGCACGAGUUGCAGGUCCACCUGAAGAUUCCCAGCGAUCCCAGUUCAGUAGAAAAACGUCUCUUCACAGCUGCGGUCACGUGUCAAUAUCUCGGAAACCUGAUUUUCCGACUUGGACACAACGUUUUCGUCUGUCUCGGACCUAGCUCGCGCGUCAUCUUGUCACAACUUGCAAUGAUGUUGGCCAUGGGCAUCAUUCUUUUGCUGUUUUACUACCCGAUAGAUGUGCACUACAUCGCCGAAGAAGGAUCUCCAUCGACCUUUUCCGAACAGCUUCUGGCAGCAUCAACGCUAUCAUCUUCGUCCUCUUCAGUUUCUUCUACAAGGAGUAAUCGACUCAUUAGUAGUGCCGAACCCGAUUCUAGUGGUCGUGGUCCUCCUACAACAACUUCUUCCAUCACUAUUUUUGGCGGUUUAUUCACACUGAACCCUGUCGUCCUAGUCGUAACCGCUUACCUCUUUUCCGGACUAGCUGUUGGGACGUUUGAGUCCAACGCUAUUUAAGGCCAGUUUUUCACUACCCGUUGUAAGCAAGCGAUCCUGAAUCGAGUCCCCCAAGAUUCAAACGGGAAACUACUAGACCUAGGGUGGCACGCGACUGCGGAUAGUGAAAAUAAACUAGCGCUAAGCUGUGGCCUCUCUAGCCCCUCUAGGACCCGAGACUAAGCUAUGGGCUGUCAUAGGCCUGCCACUAGGCUUCAACGUGAUUAGUGUAGGUGGCAUGGCGGCACUGUCCCUAGGAUUUCCACGCUAUGGGCUAUACGUCUUCGUGCUCGUCAGUAACCUGAUAGCGCUGUUCCUGUACCGCUUUACAUUGCCAUCAGUGGUGAGACAAAAGGGGGGAUCUUCGAGGUCUUGUUGCUUUUGGCGCAGCAGUGAACGUGCUGGAGAAGCUACGAUUAAGGCUCAACUUUCAAUGGUCAUUGGGGUUGGUCACUUGAGACAACAGGGGAAAACGAAGGGAAAGGGGAGAGCUUUGAAGGGGGUCUCUUCCGUUCAGCAUCAGUGACCAUUGAAUGCUGAGCUUUAAUACGAGCACUCAGAGAUUUGUCUCCCAUUCAUUGGGCAAUGAAGUGCAAGACGAAGAGCACUUUGCAGAAGCAGGACAAAGGGUAAGGGUGCAAGAAGAUCAUUAUGAAAAGAGCAGACUCAUUUUUCAUUUUUUGUCUAGAACUAGAUCGGAUCUGCGCCCACAACCCGCACACACAUAGUUGAUAACUCAGAAUCACAAGAACUUCUUCCAAUAUUAUAUAUAAGUUUAAGCUCACUUCUGGUUCUGACUAAAGUCCCUUCAUUCUUCUAACCAAAAUCUUUCGGAGUAACAGAACUCUCGUCGACCAGCCGCGGAAUGAAAUCGUCGUUAUUGAGGGUGCUUCCGCACAGUCUGGGCCUGAUGAUCGCCAUGUUUGGUGUCGCAAGCUGUACGGGCAUCAGCACGAACAUUUUCAGCGCAUCCAAAGUUCCUCUGUUUUUAUGAGAGAACAAAAAUUAUUCAUGCCAGGAGGUCUAGGUUCUCCACAUACUCGUGUUUUUUCUGGUUUCUUGAUUUCACUACUCUACCCUCCCUGCCCGAUUUUUUCUGAUAGUACAUGAUGGACGACUUCCGCUCAGGUUUUCUACCUCCAGAUGUUUACUCUUACCUUCCAGCACUGUUCUCUCUGCUUCAAAGCUUAUUCAUGCCAGGAGGUCGAGGCUCUCCACAUGCUCUUGAUGCUCUAAUCCAAGCAGACGAUCCGAACUCCAGAUUUCUUAUCGAUCAGCACGUUUACCUGGCCAUACAGAAUGCUUUUGUGUUUGUCGGCGACAGUGUCAGCAGGAAAAUCGUCUACCAUCAACUCAAAGAGCAAAGCCAUUUUCGGUUAUGAAGAUGUAGCUUGUUUGGGUAAGAAUUUUCUAUUUCACCUAGUUCUUGCUGUUUCAAAGGUCUGGAAUCUUCUACUACUUGUUCGUUUCCUGUUGUUUGCGGUGUACUCAUCUCUUCAAGGUUCUGAUCUACUUCUACUUACUUGCUGGACCUAGUAGAUCUACUACGGAGCAAUGGGAAUAGUCCUUUAAAAAUGAAAGGUUAACUAUCUUCACGUUGUUGUCUAUUAUCGAGUAUAGUUUGUGUUGCAAUCGCCCACACAUCUUUGGGAGCAUCUUUCUCUAACUUUCGGGAGCAUUUUUCUUCAGAUCCGCCUGCUCCUUGCCUUUGUUUGCUUCACCGUUGCCGGCCUGUACCUGUUGAGCCUCAGAAUGGGCGCAACGGCGAUCCUCGGCAGCUUCCUAAUUUUCUACGCUAAUGGAAGUACCUAUGCUACGACCACGCGUUGGGUCGAUCUUCGGUUGGACGCCAAUUUUCACGUGAGUUUAUGCCACUGGUGACUGAGAGUAUGAGUAAAAAUGCGUUUCUUGUGAAAGUGUUGAGUGUGUGUUUGUACGAGUGAGCGAGUGAUUGUCGUGAUACGGACUCUGUCGGGUUAUUUACCAAAGAACGUAUUAGUAGUGGUGGUAGUAGUCGAACAAGCGGAAAUACUACUUCCAACUACGUACACCAACCCAUUGACAGCAUGUUGAACAAUUGAAGAUCGUCUCUAAUAUCCGCUCUAUCCUUCUGGCUUUUCGUCGGCGACAUCGGGUCGGUUGCAGGUAGCAGCCUGACGGAUGUCUAUCACCGCUUUUUGUGUCCCGAGGGGGUGAAGUUCUAUAACGUGUGUCAAUAAGCAAAAGCACUUCUGAGGAAUUGACGUUGAUAACUGAAGAAACGAGUCAUCAUGAUGGAUAGUCAUAUUUUUGCUUGAAAAAAAAAAGUUGCUCUUCUUGCUAUGAUGCUCAACUACAUUUCUUGCGCCAUAUUGAGGUUACCGUGUAGGUAUACUUUUUUCAGUGAACAACUACUACGCCUUUCUUUUGGGAUUCACGACAAGCAGAAACUUGCAACAUUCAGUUGAUUUUUCCGGUUUGGCGACUUUUGAU